AUGGAGGAGGCUGGUCCGAACCAGGAUGCUGACAUUGCAAGGGGCCGUAGCAUUAAUCAACUGAAGACACUCCCAGCAGUUGGCCAGACUCACACUGCAAUGAUACAACGCAUGAUGGAUGUGAAGCCAGUUCUCUCUUUCCCAUUUGAUGUCCUUUCUCCCAUCAGGCUCUUUCACAAUGUCAAUCCAACCGACAUGGUGCUCAGGGCAGCCGUUAGUCACCCUCUUGGAAUCCCCUUCCCUCCAAACAAGAGGCAGAUCAACUCCUGCAACAUUUGCCAGCUUUGUUUCAACUCCCAGAGCCAAGCUGAAGCCCACUACAAAGGCAACAAGCACGCCAGGAUGGUCAAGGGGCUGGAGUCCAACAAAGUUAAACAGAAAGGGCCUCCUACCAGGGACAAUGCAAAUUCUACCAUCUCCAGGACCAGCUACACCUCACCUACAGGUGUCACUGAAAAGAACAUUAGGACAGCAGACGAUGACGUGGAGGUUAUUUCCAAUGCAGUCCAUCCAGAAGCUCUCCAGUCUGUUCCCACAUUGCUCCCUACUCACUUUCAACCAACCACUGACCUAACUGCAUCAACUGACAGUACUUCGACUCUAACUCUAGCGAGGGGAGAUUCUGAGGUGGAUGGAAUGACAGCCAUUGCUGCAGGAAUUGUUAAUAACCUGUCUGAUGAGGAGUCGGUAAUGAAACUGCGAUAUUGCUCACUGUGCAAAGUUGUUGUGAACUCAUUUUCCCAACUGCAGGCUCACAAUAGAGGCACCAAACACAAGACAAUGAUUGCGGCUCGAAAUGGUUUGGGUCCCAUAAAGGUUUAUCCGAAACCACAUUUGAAACUCCAUGGACAGACAAGGCCCUGCUCUGAAUUACAGGACAAGAUCUUCCACUGUCAGCUGUGUGACGUUUGUGUUAACUCAGACAUCCAGCUGAAGCAGCACAUAUCCAGCCGAAGGCACAAGGACAGAGCUGCAGGAAAGUCUCCAAAGCCCAAACUCAGUCCACGCAACAAGCUACAGCUCAAUGUUCAAGCACCAGCGAUGUUGCUGCCCUUGCAGAAUGAGUUCCAGGAGUCAGUAGCAGCCAGGUUUCUGCCCAGUCCAUUGGCUUCUGUCAUGACAACAGUCUCACCCUCGCUGUCUCUGCGACCGGCUGCAGCUCCCACCAUUUACCAGGCACCAUCAAUGGUUCACUCUCUACUUCAACCAGCUCCAGGACCAAUUCGGACCUCCCCGAGACCCAUUCUCUUUACCCCAUACUAACCCAGCAAAACCAGCACACUGCACCACGUGAAAUCGGAAUCCUGUUUCCCUGCCUCUAAUUCAUAGCAUUGUGUUGAGGACACAGUUCAAGGUUAGGGAUUGGAACCCUCAAUGAAAGAACGUUGGAGCUCAAAACUCACCUGAGGCUGGUUCUCUUCCAAAGGUGCCUUUGAUGGAAUCUCGUGGCAGUGAGAUGUUUCCACUGAUGGCACCUCCUGCUGAAUGGGGGAGACACCUGCUCAAACAAAACACCAACAACAGACCUCACGUGGCUCGAUCCCCACACAAAGUGCAGCUGGGCAGAAGGGAAGGGUCUCCAGAUUUCCAUAAAAAAGGUAGCCCCGCCUUAGGGACUGCAUUCAAAUAUUUAGUUAACUAACUUGGAGUAUUUUGAUGGGGUAACAGAGAGGGUUGAUGAGGAUAAUGUUAUUGUACAUGGACUUCCAAAAAGCAUUUGACACAGUGCAUCACAACAGACUUGUGAGCAUAGUUAUAGCUCAUGGAAUAAAAGGGACAGUAGCAACAUGGUUACAAAACUGUCUGAGUGACAGGGAACAGAGUAAUGGUGAAUUGUUGUGUUUUGGACAGGAGGAAGGUGGAGUUUCCCCAAAGGUUGGUGUUAUGACCCUUGCUCUUCCCUGAUGUAUUAGUGACCUCGGCCUUUAUGUACAGGGAACAAUUUCAAAAUUUCCAGGCAAUGCAAAACUUAAAAGUAACAGUGAGGAAGAUAGUGCAGAUCUUCAAAAAGACAUACACAGGUGGGCGGAAUGGGCAGACAAGUGGCGAAUGAGUCUUUAUGCAGAGAAGUGUGAAGUGAAUCAUUUUUGUAAGAAUAAUGUGCAGGCUGAUAGGGCAGGUUGAGGGAGUGAUUGAUAAAGCAGACGGUAUCCUGGGCUUUUUAAAAGUAGUAUAGAGUACAAAAGCAAGGCAGUUAUGUUAAAAUUGUAUAAAACACUGGUUUGGCCUCAAUUGGAGUAUUGCAUCCAGUUCUGAUUACCACACUUUAGGAAGGAUAUGAAGGCCCGUGAGAGAAUGCAGAAACUCAUCUCCUGGUUCCUUGAAGAUUGUCCAACAUCUGCAAAGGAUGAGAUAGAAUAUUCUCCAACUGGAUGUGUGCAGCUCCAAUAACAUUCAAGAAACUUGACACCAUCUGGGAUAGAGUUACCUGCUUGACU